AGUCAGGCGGGCGGAGAGGCGCUGCUCCAGCAGCGCCCUCGAGGGGAGGCGUUAAGGGCUUGACCUUUCCUGCCACCUCGCCCAGCCUGCAUAUAAAGGCAGGUCCCGGCCGAGGAGGCAGAAGCAGCGCCGCGCUCAGUCUCCGCCGCGACUCGCCGCUGCCCUUGAUCAAGCAGAGCGCAGAGCCGCCCCGUCGAGGCCAAGCCCGGAACGCACCAUGGCGCGCCCCGAGUUCCAGCUGCUGCCGAAGCCCCGCGGGCUCUUCUCGCUCCUGGGUCUCUUCGCCUUCGCGCUGCUGCUGGAGGGACGUGGCGUCCGCGCCGCGCCCUUGCAAGGCAGCGAGGGGGCGUCCCCGAUGGCCAAGGUCUACCCCCGGGGCAGCCACUGGGCAGUGGGUGAGUACGCACGAAUUGCUGGGCGCCCACGGGGUGUGUGUGUGUGUGUGUGGUGCGCGCACCUUCUCUCCCCACCCCGACGCCGCGGUUGGCGCUUGACGGAGGCGCAUCAGCCCCGAGGGAAAGUGAAAAGAGAGCGAGGUCUUUGCCGCGAGGAGCUUACAAAAUGCCGUUUCUGCAGGGGGAGCGAGUAGCAUUCAGGGAGUGAGGGUUGAGCGGGGGGAAGGAAAGUGGGUUUUAGAGGGACGGAGGGAGGGAUCUCGUACUUUCCCCCAACUUUGAAAAGCUGGCUUGGAGAGCAUCCAUCCGUCCCUUAUCAUUUUCCUCCCAGCCAAGCUCGGUACCUAUCCUGGCUACGCAAUGCCUCCCGUUUCCAGUGAGCAUCCCCUCUGGCUUGCCCCGCUCCCGCGCCGCAUCACGUUAUCCCCUCCAUCCUGUCCGUGUCAAUCUAUUCCGUGUGCAGGCAGAUGCGUUUCUGCUGAUUUUUAUUUUCAUGUUUUGGAAAAGAAAUUGCGACUUCACACAGCGGGUCAUUAAAUAUAUUUUUUUUGGGGGGGGGGGGACUUUGCUACCCUGUAGUCAUAACCGCUACUGGGUUCGAUGGAGAAGAAUUCCAUCCCUUGGGUCUUUUCAAUCCUGACAAGCGGGUCAGCAAAACAUUUCAGUGUGGAGUACACCUGUUCAAUGUCCCAGCCAAUCAGCUUGUCAUGCCUUUUGCGGGGAUACUCCAUUCCUCCCUGCUCCUUCAUUUCCUGUUCCUCCACUGCAUUCUGUGCCAAAUGAGCAUCUUUGGUCCUCAGUGGCUGCUAUUAGGCCCCCCCCCAAGUUUUUUUUUGAGUGGGAGGGAGGUAUUUGGGGUGUCCCCAAGCUUGCUAAAAUGUACUGAUGAACCGUGACUGGUGUUGCCAUUUGAGCUACAUGGGGUUCUAAACUCAAGAGAACUGAGUUUUCUAUUAAGGUAUAGGAGAACUAAAUGAAAUCUCCACUGACAGAGAAAGUAUAGCUCUGAAUACCAGGUGCUGAGGACAAACCAAUCAGGGAGCACUGUUGCCCUCCAUUCAUGUAUCUGGCCAGCCAGCCGCUGUUGGAAACAGGAUCCGGGACUAGAUAGAUUCCCUGGUCUAAACUAUCAGGGUUUUUCUUAGGCUGUCAUUGCACUGGCAUCUGCUAGAGCUACUUUAGUUUCAGGGUAUCCUAUUGUAAGGAGCAAAGGUUGUACUAGAUGAACAAUAGGAUCCCUGACAGGUUGGUCUCUACAUCUUAUAAAAUUGACGUCUUGUCUCUCCUGCCAUUACGAAGAUAGGACGCUGCCUUAUGCCCAAUCGGAGCCCUGGUCCACUUAACCCAGUGCUGCCUACACUGAUUGGCAGCGGCUUUUCAUGUUUUCAGAGAUGGGUCCUCUGAGCUCUAGCUGGAAAUGUUGUGGGUUGAACCUGGACUGUUCUGCUCUGCCAUAGCCCUUCCCCAUUAGAAAUAGCUUGCAGAAUACUGCCUUGAUCUCUCUAAGCCACCUUCCCCUUUAUCUGUAGCAUCCAGUGAGAGCAAGUGUGGUGUAGUGGUUAAGAGCGGUGGACUUGUAAUCUGGUGAACCGGGUUCGCUUCCCCACUCCUCCACAUACAGCUGCUGGGUGACCUUGGGCUGGUCACACUUCUCUGAAGUCUCUCAGCCUCACUCACCUCACAGGGUGUUUGUUGUGGGGGAGGAAGGGAAGGGAGAAUGUUAGCCGCUUUGAGACUCCUUCGGGUAGUGAUAAAGAGGGAUAUCAAAUCCAAACUCCUCCUCCUCCUCUUCUUCUUCUUCUUUCUCCACACAUCUGUACAGUGCACAAGUAUCUGCCACCUCUUUGCUUUUCUCCUUGAGAUGGUACAUUCAUGCUAUUACAUAUUUCUUCCAUGCAGACAGUUCCAGCCUUCCAUAACUGAGUGCAUGGAUUUACAGAAGAGGGUUGUGUGUGUGUGUGUGUGUGUGUGAGAGAGAGAGAGAGAGAGAGAGAGAGAACCAGGAAAUCACAGAAUUGGUUCACAUCUGUGAAUCUGUAGCUUUUCUCUGUUUGAGAGUAAUUCCUCUCACGCCCAUGAUUGCAUGACAAAAUAUCUAAGAGUGCUGAACAGUCCAUGAAGACUGCCUGCAGGUAUCUCUGCAGCUGUGGUGGCCCUGCUUGCCACCUGGUAUAAUUUGGUGUGGUGUCUGUCAUGACACCCCUGUCAUGCAACUUCAAGCAUAGGAUCCGGCAAAGAGAGACUACCUAUAAGUAUAGUUGGCUGCAACCCCCUUAACAUGGUGGUAUUAACCUCCCAACGCCACCAGCACCUAUUGCAGUUGCAGGAGAUGAUACUGACUGCCCGGAGACAGGUGACAGUUUAUUCUAGAAAGUAGAAAUGAUAUGAUGGGAACACGGCUCAUCCCAACAGAACUUUACAUAGGUAGUUGCAAGUAACAUUGAUUUAACUAGAACAAGCUCCAAGAGAGGCUUUGCUUUUGAGCAGACGAGUUGCUGGAGAAAUGGAAGUGCUUCACCCUUUCCCCACCAGCCAUCAAAAUUGCCCUCCCCCACGCUGCUUUUCUCGUGUGUCUUUUUCAGGGACAUUGUGGUGGGGGAAAGCAGCUUGGGGGAGGUCAUCAUUGGGCUCAUCCACACUUUCGCUCGCCCUGUGUUUGAUCGUAUUGUGUACUGAUUAGUUGCUCAGGGUCCGAGAACUUUUCUUGUUCUGCAGCUGUGCCUUCUGAAAAUUUGACCUUACCCACUAAACUGAAGCAAAAUCUGCCUCUUGGUUUUCUAUGCAUCGGAUAAGAUACGAAUCAGCAGGUAAGAUUGGAUUUUGACACGGCACAGCCGAGGAACAAUGAGGAUAGCCCUUGCACCUGGGAAAAAUUAAUCAGUGCACAAUAUGAUCAAAAUAUGCGGCAACCGAAAGUGUAGAUGAGCCCAAAGGUGGCGAGGUGGCUGGCAGGAAUAGGGUUAAAGUCAGGAAAAGGUCUUUCAUGUCUAUUUUAGCCCAUAAUUUUUGCAUGUUUCUGUAGGGCUUCAAAAGCCUGCAAGCAAAGCCUGUUUGAUCAGCAGGAUAAAAGAAACGAGUGACUGUGGUCACUGAUGCUUCUAUCAUACCACCUUGAAAAUCCACGCUCACCUGGUCUGCACACUCUUUUGUGCAUCUAUGUGUGUCUAUCCAAAAGUCAGGAGCACUCACACGGCCGAAAGAUACAGAGUGUGAAUUAUACCUUUAAUGGGGGUUUCUAUUUGGAAGGAUGUAUCACACACACACACACACACACACACACACUUUUCUGUUUCUCCUCCCCACCCCCAUCAGCCCAGUGAAAAAGUCCCCAGUGAGUUUGCUUGCAAGGCAUCUAGGUUCCUAGCGUUAAUUUGUCAGCAGUUGAGUUCCUUUUUAUUGGAACAUCUUUGAUGCAUAAGUGUGCUAGAAUGUUGCUGAGAGGGUGAAAGAGAAGAGGCUACCAUAUUUCAGUCAAGGCAAAAGAUUCCUGUUUAGCCCCAGCAUGAAACCCUCAAUCUCCAAGACAGGAGUCACCUAACCAGAAACCUGUGGACACAUUUGAACUUUUGAGCAAGUGACAUGGGCACAAUCUUCUGUGGUGUCUUCUCUCCCCCUUCCUGAGAGAGAGAGAAAGUAUGCGUGUCCACCCAUCCACCCACCCACUUUUCCUUUCCAAGGGAUCUGGAUAAAAUAAUUCACCUGAGCCUCGGAAAGCACAUAGAGGUGAAAGAGGAAGUGGGAUAGAGUGUCACGCUUCCAACUUCCUCCUUCGGCUCUACGUACUUUUCACAGAGCAGAAGGUAACCUCUCUUGCCAUUUCAUGACCAAGGGGGCAGUGACAUGGGAGUGAGGUUAAGAGGCUUUGUGGGCACCAUGAGGAAGAUCCCAAGGGUGUCAUUGUGCCCACGGGUGCCACCUUGCCAACUCCUGCCCUGGGAUUUCAGUAUAGCUGCAUGCUUCAUUUAGCUCUUUUGGGCACAGACUUUAACAUGGAUUAGUUAUCUCUAGCAUCCUUUAACCACCAUGUGUAUUAACUGUGGACAUUCCCCCUAUUUUCUGUGUUUGGUUAUGGGCAAAGUGGCAGUUCUAAUCUACUUAGAGAUCUUGAUUACAAAAACCAGUAACUCUCCUGGAUUAAAUACGUGAUGUGAUCUUGUGCGUAUGCUAUGCUUUGUGUGGAUGGCAACAAACACUGAACCGAGAAACAAAUUAAGCUACAAAUAAUGUCUUCCUAGACUGGAUUCCUGUUCCCAGAAGCACCCUAUAAAAUUUCACAAUGGCUGUCAUCACCACUCUGCUAGCUUGGUACUCUUAUGAGGGUACCAACUUUGAUGCACUUCUGCCUGAUCCAGGCAUUCCUUGCCGGACGAUAGAAUCACAGCAUAAAGCAGAUAGCUCAGUCCGUAGAGCAUGAGACUCUUAAUCGCAGGGUCGUGGGUGUUAAGUUGUGGGUGAACAUAUCAGACGACACAGCGAUUCUUCAAACAGCCCUUGUUUAUUCACAGGCCAGAACAGAACUGAACUGAAGGGUUCAGCCAGCCUGCUUAUAUAGAGCUCCACUAGAACGCAACAGUAACCAUUUUCUGUAACUAUCCAAUCACUGAACGUCACUUUCAAUCCCUUAUUUGCAUAUGUGGACCUGACUGAAAACUAUCUACAGUAUCCCCCUGCUGGCUCAGGGUGAGAACUUCAGUACAUAACAGUGGGUUCGAGCUCCACAUUGGGCAAAAAGAUUUCUGCAUUGCAGGGGUUGGACAAUCUACAGUUCUAUGACUUUUGGCACCACUUUCAUGGCAUUUUGGUUCCUCUUGCAGGGCACUUCAUGGGCAAAAAGAGCAGUGGAGAUUUCCCUAACUUAUAUGAAGAACGAAAUGAGUCGCCUUUCUCUUUGCUACCCGAUAAUGCCAAGCAACUGGGAGACUAUCUGCACUGGGAGGAAACAUUCAAGCAGUUCCUCCGGCUUCUUGAGGGGAACGAAAACCAAAGUGCUCAGGUUCUUAGGGAAGAAUCUCCGUUUCCUGUCAAGAGUGCUUGGGAGACAGAGGACAACAGCAGCCUCAAAGACGUAAGUGUAAACGCUUGCCUUCAUCUCUGUGUUGACAAAAGUCACUUCAAUAAUGGAGUCCAGAGAGGAAAGAAAUCCUGUUAACACUUUACUGAGCAAACUGAACAAAGUGUAUAAUUUGAGGAGGAAUGAGCAGAGGGAUUUUGUCUCUCUUAGUUCAGGCCUUGUAAGCGGCAGGGAAACAUUCAGCCAAACACACAGAGGGAAAUUUCCCUGAGAACUGCACAGCCAAUUGGAGCGUUUGCUGCCUCAGUAAAUGUCAAGCCGCUCUGUCUGGUUGCUAAGCAACACUUCCACCAUCCCCCUAUUGGUUAGCUGACUUACUGAUAACAGAGUUAACCUUUGAGUUGCAAAUUGAAUGAUCCUUGCUGCAGCACUUCUGACGCUUUCAUUAACAAUUUGAACAUGGGAAGCUUCCUGUCACAGUUCGUUUCAUUUUGGUUUGCUUCCUUCAAACAAACAUGCCAAACAUGGUUCAGCAGAGGUGAAAAUACAUCUGAGAAUGUCAGCAAGUUGAGCCUCAAAAUAGGAACAUGUGGGGAGGUAAAAAAAGUAAAGGGACCCCUGACCAUUAGGUCCAGUCAUGGCCGACUCUGGAGUUGCGGCACUCAUCUCACUUUAUUGGCUGAGGGAGCCAGCGUAUAGCUUCCGGGUCAUGUGGCCAGCAUGACUAAGCCGCUUCUGGCGAACCAGAGCAGCGCACGGAAACGCCGUUUACCUUCCCGUCGGAGCGGUACCUAUUUAUCUACUUGCACUUUGACGUGCUUUCGAACUGCUAGGUUGGCAGGAGCAGGGACCGAGCAACGGGAGCUCACCCCGUCGCGGGGAUUCGAACCGCCGACCUUCUGAUCAGCAAGUCCUAGGCUCUGUGGUUUAACAGUUAACUCUGUGGAGGUAACUUAUGCUAAAUCAGACCGUUGGUUCAUCCAGCUCAGCACUGUCUCUGCUGACCAGCAUUGGGUCUCUAAGAUUUCAAGCAGAGAUUUACCAACCCAGAGGUGCUGUGGACUGAACCUGGGAGCUUGUGCAUGCGAAACAGAUGCUCCACCACUGAGCUACAACUGCUCCCCAAUAAAAAAAUCAACAGCUUUUCAAGCAUUACCUAGAAUCCUAAAUGGGGCUGUGAGGACCUCCCAGUCAACUGUAAUUGCACAAGCUGAAUUUGAUGGUAUGUAAUUGAAUCCCACCCUGAAAUAGUGACAAUCUGGAAGUGCCCUAGAAAUAGCAAAAGACUGGAUCUUGGAACUCUUGCCUGUGGAGCAUAUUCCUAACCUCCCAAUUUACACAAAGCCAUUUUUUAGCUUGUUGAAACAUAAAUAACUUACUGCCACGAGGUACUGGGAAGCUUGCUACACCAAGGGGGAAACAGCUCUCCCUUUCCGAUUAUUUUGAUUUAAUUUUCUAGAAAAACUGAUUGAUUUGUGCUUGGGGCGGCAGUAAAUGAACUACAGCCCCAAGUAAUGACUUUAUCCUGACAUGGUUCGGCCAGCGCCUUCAUUAUACACCUUAAGGGUGCCAGGCGAAAACGUUCCUCUUUAACCAAACCUUUGGCUGGUUGACAUCCAAUGCCCUUUUAAAUAUGUUGUGGAAGUGGGAUGUGUGUGUUAUUGUUGUUCUUAUAGUGAAGCAGCUGUGUCGGGCAGCAGAUGAGAGAUGUGGGGCAGUAGUAGCAGCCCCUGGCUGUUCCUCCCGAGUCGCUUAGCUAUCCUCAUCUGUUGAAUGAUUAAUUAUAAUGAUAUGCUGCUUUCAUUCAGCCGAAUCGCAAAGCGGCUUACAAACAAUUAAUACAGUUGGACCUUGGGUUUCGAACGUAAUCCGUUCCGGAAGACCGUUUGAGUUCCGAAACAUUUGAAAUCUGAAAACUCAAUACGGAAGCCACAUGGCAUGUUCGACUUCUGAGGCGUUUUCGAAAACCAAAGCAUUUACUUCCAGGUUUACAGCAUUCAAAAACCGAAAUGUUCGUCAACGGAGACAUUUGAAAACCGAGGUACCACUGUAACAAUAACAUAAUAGAACACCACAAAUGCAAGAUAAACUAGACAGAGUAGUUAACAAACCAUCAGUCAAAACAAUUACAAUUCACCAGUAAAACAAUUACAGUCACAACUUGGAGAAGAUAAGCUAAACAGCACAACAAAAAUCAUAUUAUAGGAUUACUCAAAGUACUACAGUGGUCGUAAUCUAUAAAACAAUGUUGACAACCUUGACAAAAUAGCACCCGAAAAAUAAGAUAAGCACUGAUAUAUUCGUUGACUCGUCCCAGCCCCAUGACUCAUAAUCUUCCACUCUGUUCAGUUCAUUAAAAGACUCCAUACACACUGACCAAGCUUGACCUCUGAGGAGGUCACUUCGGUGCUGCUAUUGCAGUGGUUCGACUUCACCCACAGGGGGCCUUAAGUUGUCUCUUGAGACAGGUGGAUGCCAACCACAGUGAUAUCUGCUGCCACAUGGUCACUCUUGGUCCUCCUACUCUGUCCUGAUGCCUCAGGUCUGGUGGAGAAUGCUCUCCUGUCACACCAGCGCUGAUGUUAGUGGAGGCUGGUCUAUAUAGGGCAAAUGGGCCAAUACACUGCCUGUCUGCCUUCAACCAACUCCUGUCCAACACCAGCCUUCCUUACAAGCAGUGCCGGAUUUACGUAUAAGCUAAACAAGCUAUAGCUUAGGGCCCCACUCUCUUGGGGGGCCCCCAAAAAAUUUAAAGGAAAAAACACCUGCAUGUUAAUUUUGUUAUUGCCAAAUGCCAAUGUGUUUGCAUUAUUAAGUUUGUUAGGAAUAAAAAAUCAUUUUAAAUUAGAGCUUAAUAAUUAUUUCACUAUUAACAUACUUCUUCUUAAUUAUAUUUCACUAUUAAUAUACUUCUUCUUCAUUGUAUUUCAGUUCAACAAUUACUUUGAUAAAAUACCUAUUUUGUUUAGGGAAGCUUUUAAUGUUUGAGCCAUUACUGUAUUUUAAUAUUUGGUUGGAAGCCACCCAGAGUGGCUGGGGAAGCCCAGCCAGAUGGGUGGGGUAUAAAUAAAUUAUUAUUAUUAUUAUUAUUAUUAUUAUUAUUAUUAUUAUUAUUGUUAUUAUUUUGUUAUGUGCAAGUGGCUAUAGAUACCUAUUAGGUCCAUAAAUUACCAUAUAGCAUAUAUUCAACACAAAAAACAGUGACAAUUUGUUGUUGACAAAGGACAGCUGGACAUAUAAAGGGCCCCGUUACCUUCAGUAGCUUGGGGCCUCAUCAGACCUAAAUCCGGCCCUGCUUACAAGUAGUCAGUGGGUGGCUCUGGCGAUACCUGUUCUUGGUUUUCUGCCUCCCCCACCCCUACCAGUCCUAGUCUGCCCCACUGAAAUGUGAGGAGCCACCCAGUCGGCUCCUGUUUGUGGAAGCCCUUCACCUCCAGCAGUGAAACAUCUUGGGCUGGAGCUGGUUGAGGGACGUAUGACCUCUGCACCCAUCACUGCAGCGGCUUUUGUCAAGAUUGCCCUCUCACUGUUAUUCUUCUUCCUCUCUCUGUGUCUUCAUUAGAUGAUGGAUUAUCUGCUGCAAGCGAUGGAUAGAAAAGAGGCCUCUCCCAGUUGAAGCAACUGUCUCCCAGCACCGAAGGCAUAGAAUAAUAUCUUUGCGAAAGAGACUAUUGGUUUCACAAGCAUUUUAUUGUAUAUGAUAACUGAUUUAAAAAUAAUAAUAUUAUCUUUUGUGUUAAGCAAGAUUUUUUCCCUCCCCUUUGGCGUAAAAACAACCUGCUCACUUGUAUUCCUAAUCAUGACGACACUCUUUGGUGGUGUUUAUUUCCAUCUGAGUAGCCUUUUCCCUCUUUCGAACGGCUUUGUUUGUACGACAGCUUUUGCCACCCUUGGCGCCCUCCAGAACACCUGGAGGGCGUCAGGUUGGCAAAAGCUGUUCUGCAUAAUUGUUGAUGAAGGGUCUUCCAAUUCUCUGACGGUAAUUUGCCAUUUCCUCUCCCUCCAAUCGCCUCGUCUUUUGUGUUAACAAUCAUUCGAUGUUUUUCAACAUUCACAAUAAACAAAUAUGUUUAAAAAAGGAAA